UCACAAGUCGUGCCGUGGACGACUUACUUGAGUGAUGUGAUAUUCGGCCGGCUUAGGACAUCUUCUCUAUUCAGGCUUCACUCUCUCUGUUACCGAUUCUUAGUGAUCUUGAAACCGGACUUCAAUGCGAUCGAGAUUGGGGGCUCGUGUCGUCGUCGAUGAGGAUAUAAGAACUGGAUUACUUUCAACUCACAAUAUCAUCACCCAACACAACAACUACAUUCAACCAUCACCACACUCUUACGCUUACGACUUCCCAAACAACAUCGACAACUGCAAGCAGUCUGUCAAAACAUCUCGCACUCUCCGAACCACCUUCUCGAGUAGGACAAACAUCAACCAUUUACAACUUUCCAUUAUAUGAGUGAUAGCCCCUCUGAGACUCCAAGCGCAUCAAACUCCACAAAGCCUACCGAUACCAACGAUAAAUCUGGAACCAGCCCUUUCACAGGCUCUUCUACUCAUCAAGACUUUACGGAAACUCCUCAAUCUACCGCUGAACAAACAGUCUCCACGCCAGUGAUUGUUAUCACUAAUCCACACACACCUUCACCCGAGUCUACUCCUCGUCAAAGCCGCUCCAUACUUGUGCGUCACCAAUCAACAGGUAAUUUAUCUUCUUCGCAAUCUCCCGGUCAACAAGGCUCCUCCAGACCGUCUGACCGUCUGCAACGAUCUCAUUCUCAACCCAUCGAAGCAACUAGCAACACCACUACAAGCACAAUGUCUUCUUCCGCCUCUUCUCCUUCUGGUACCUCUACUGCUGGCAGCAAUUCUGGAUCUGGCCAGGGCUACCAACUCCCUUAUGCUCCCUUCCCGUACCCAAUGCCCGCUCAGCCCCGAGGAGGCCAGCAGCAAGGAGGCCAGGGAAAAUAAAGCGCUUCAUAUGAGUUUCCUUUCUUAGUCUCAUUACUCGGGUUGCAUUGGGGAUUUUCUCUUUCCAACUCUCAUGAUUCGGUAGACAUG